AUGCCCCCGGCCUCGUCCCCUGCUCCCGGCCGACGCACCCUGACGGCCCGGCCACGCGAGCGCCUUCCCGCUGCCGCCGGAGCCGUCCGUCCGUCUGCCGAGGAUGCGCUGCCGUGUGGUGGGAAGGAGAGAGUCUCCGGGGAGUGUGCGGCGAUGAUUUCGCUCCCGCGGCCGCCGGAGCGGGAGAGCCUGCGAGCUGCCCAGAUGCUGUACGCGUGGCUGUGCCGCUUCUCACGGCACGGGACGUGCCGGAGGGGUCCCGCGCCGGUGGGCUCCAGCCCCGCGGGGGCUGCUGCGCUUGGGGCUUUGCCCUUUCUCUGCCUCCGGCGAAGGACGGGACCCGAAGGCGAGAGCAGCCGGGGCCGCGGCACUGCUGCGCCAGAUCUGCUCCCUGACAGCCUUGGCAGGGUCUGCGCCUACCGCAUCAGCAUAUUGGCGAGAGGGCAGUGGAAGGAGCUGCAUGUCCUCCCCCGCGAGGUCAGGGGCUCCGCUGAGGAGACGCCUGGCGCGGUGGCCGGCGAGUCCCUGCGCUGCGGGGUCGCAUUUGGCACUGGGUCAGGUUGCCCGCUCGGAAGCCAUGCUUGGAUUUUAAUAGCCAUGUUCCACCUAGCCAUGGACCUCGCCAGUUGCCAGCCCCCAGCCAGCGGUGCCGGCGGGAGGCUCUCGCCACGGCCGGCGCUCCGGCACAGACUGUCCCGUGGCUCGCUGUGGGGAGCGGGGAGCGGGGAGGACCUGCGACGUCCCGGCCCCCCCUGGACCUGCUCCCCCACCUGCCACGGCCGAUGCCUCUGGCCUCGGUGGCAUCGUCCGGUGGGCUCGUCGUCGGCCGGCUGCGGCAGCCUGUCCGCCGGCUCCGUUUGCAGCACGUGGGAGGAUGGCUCCUGGCACGUGCCGGUGCUUUCCGACUUCGUGAGCGAGUCGGCCGCCUCGUUUAGGCGAGGACGAGCCGCCGGUGCUGCCGCCUGCCCGCCGGUGCUGCUGCCGCUGCCCUCCCUGGCCGGCAGAUCGGCGGAGAACCGCAGCCCCGAGCCUCCCGCCCGAGCUCUGGAUCUGCUUUUCCUUCUGCCGCUGGGGCUGAGCACCCCGGAGAGCCCCGGCGAGGAGCACCGAGCCCUUGCCGUGCCUCGGGACCAGCGUUUUGGGAGCAAGCGGCCAGCGCCGUCUCGGAGCCCCGGCCAUGCCGUCGCCGGAUGCAUCCUGGCAGCAAAGUCCGCAGCGCUAAAAAGGUGUCGCCGCUGGCUGGCCUCAUUGCUCAAAAUCGGGGAUUUUAUGGGUCUCCACGUACCGAGCGGGGAUCCGCGCCUCCUUCCCGAGGCAGCCAGCGGUCUGGCGGUUCAUCAGAUAAUCACUAUUACCGUGUCCCUCAUCAUGGUCAUAGCUGCUCUGAUAACAACUCUUGUCUUAAAAAAUUGCUGCGCGCAGAGCGGGCGCCCGCGGCGCAACAGCCACCAGCGCAAGCUGGACCAGCAGGAGGAGAGCUGCCAGAACCUGACCGACUUCGCCCCCGCCCGCGUGCCCAGCGCCCUCGACAUCUUCACCGCCUACAACGAGACGCUGCAGUGCUCCCAUGAGUGCGUCCGGACCCCCGUCCCCGUCUACGCGGAGGAGGUGUUGCGCUCGCCCGGGGAUUAUAAAACGACCUUCAAUGGAAACAGACCCUCUUCUUCUGACCGGCAUCUUAUUCCCGUGGCCUUUGUGUCUGAGAAAUGGUUUGAAAUCUCCUGCUGACUGGCCGAAGCCUGUUUGACUUCUGGGGGCAGGGCAGACGCCAUCGGGCUGUUUCCUGGAUUCCAUUGGUGAACCUGUAAAAAAUAUAAAAAAAUAAUGGGUUACCUGUACCUACCAUUUCCGUUUACCAGUAGGAGACUCAAAGAGCAGCGUUCUAUGGGCCAAAUAUAUUUUUAUAAAAAUGAACACGCCUAUAGGUAACUGCGUUUUUCAAAGAGCGCUUUUUUUGGAGAGGAGAAAGACAAAAGUGCGAGCAAAGAAUCCUGUGGAGGAAGAGGAACCGGCGAGGGACUGAGAGGGAAGGACUGGGCGCCUGGAGCCUGGACGCGGACUGUGACUCUGAACCUGUGCCAAUAAUACCAUUAUGUGCCACGUACCGAUGCAAAGACUUCGCGAGAAGCUGAAGCUCAGUCGAUAACGCCUAGAAACGUUGUGGAGGACGAGUGGGGCGUCUCUUCUGGUGGGGUCAUUCAUUCCGGUCCAUACGCAUACAUACAUACGAUAUAUGUAGAGAGAAAAUAUAUAUAUACACACACAAACACUUUUUGUACUGUAGCAAUUUUUGGAGAUCUUAAAUACUCAUUUUUAAAGAAGA